AUGCCGUCAGACAAAAGAAAGGACUCUCUGAGUCAUCGCCAUCGGUCUCAUAAAGGUUGUUGGACAUGCAAGCGGAAGCGAAUACAAUGUGACGAAAUGAGACCUUCCUGUCAGCAAUGCUCCAAGCGGGGCAUCACUUGCGAAGGAUACGAAAUAAGACUACGAUGGGGUGCCGGUAUUGCUUCUAGAGGGCGCUUUAAUGGCGCCGAGAAACCAGUCAAAGAGUCUAUACCACCCCAUUCAAAGCGAAGGUGGGAUCUUCGAGGCAAGGGCGAGGAAAGGGAUGAUGGAGAUAAACAAGGCCAGCCGGUUCUUCUUCUCGAGAAAAGCUUCACUCAAGUUUCAUCCUUAAACCAAGACGUUGCUGCACGAGCAACAGUUAAUAUCCUUAAUGUACCCACCGGGCAGGACCCGCAAGACUAUAUCGAUAUUAACAAACAUUUCGAGCUGCCUGCGUCAACGGAAAACAUGAGAAAUGGAGAAAGACUGUUAUAUAGCGAAGUGCAGGCGCUGGAUACGGGAUAUAUAGGCAACAUUUCAAGUAGAUCAGCUCUCAUAGCUUAG